CCUUGCUCGGGCCAGAUUUAGUCCAACAAGCCAUGGAAAAAGUUAAGGUGAUACAACAACGGCUAAAAACAGCCCAAAGUCGUCAUAAAUCAUAUGCAGAUAUUCGGAGAAGAGGGCUGGAAUUCUCUAUUGGAGAUUGGGUAUUUUUAAAGGUAUCACCAAUGAAAGGGGUUACGAGAUUUGGUAAGAAAGGGAAACUAAGCCCACGUUACAUAGGGCCAUAUAAGAUUACCAAGAGGGUUAGACAAGUUGCAUAUGAAUUAGAGCUACCCCAGGAACUUUCAAUGGUUCAUCCAGUGUUUCAUGUGUCAAUGCUUCGAAAAUGCAUAGGUGACUCCUCUCGUAUCACUCCUAUAGAAGAUGUACAGGUCACAGAGGAUCUUACUUAUGAAGAGGUACCGGUUGCUAUUCUAGAUCGCCAAGUUAAAAAGUUAAGGAACAAAGAAAUGGCAUCAGUAAAGGUACUCUGGAGAAACAACCAAGUAGAAGAGAUAACGUGGGAACCGGAGGAAGUAAUGACAUCCAAAUACCCUCAUCUAUUUGAAGACAAGGAGGGACCAAAAGAUACAGAGGAGGAACAUUAAUAGGUAUGUGUUUGAAUACUAGUUAUGUUAUUAAAAGUUGUGUGACCGGAAAUUCAAACCUGCCUAGACUAUACAGUUAUGUUAACAUUCGGGACGAAUGUUCCUAAGGGGGGGAGGAUGUAACACC